AUGUCUAAUACUACAGCAACUUCGACAGAUUUUAACAAUAACAACAACAACAAUGACAUUUAUCAGCUACCAUCAGAAAUUUGGGAAAAAAUCUUUCUGUUAAUUUCAGCAUUUAAAGAUUUAUUUCAAACAUCAACUGUGUGCCGUGAAUUUUAUCAUUUAAUCUGGAGGAAACAAUUUUUACAAAAAUAUUCUUCAUAUAAUAAUAUUCAAGAAGAUCUUCUUGUUUGGUGUCGAUUUUCUAAGCAAACUCCUACCGAUGAUCUACUUUAUAACUCAGUUGUUGUCCGUAGUAACAGUGAUGAUAGCGGUAGUGAUGUUGAUCAACAACAACAACAACAAAAGACAACCAUAUAUUGUGGUCGCCAUUUACGACUUGAAGAUGACUUUUUUAACCACAGUUCAUGUUUAACAUUCGUUAAUCUACGUUCAACUGUUGAAAAACGUUGUAAAUUUAAUAGAGAGGCCGGUGGUACAAAUAAUUUUUCACUCUCGUUUUGGAUGUGUUUGUCGUAUUCCACAACAUCAACAGCGGAAUCUAAUCAAUGGCCAAUGCAGGUUUAUUUUCAAAGUUUACGAAAUUCUUUAAAUGUACGUUUUCGUGUUAAUAAUCAAUUGGAAUUACAAUUUUAUUCUACUGGUACAAUGGACACAAGAACAAUAUGUGAACAAUUGAUAAGUAAACAAUGGUAUCACGUUGGAGUCGUUUUUUCAUCAGCAACUUCAAUAAUAAAAAUUUAUUUAGAUGGUGGUAAAAUGUGUGAAAGAAAAGUAUCAUCAAUAUUAAUAACAGAAGAAGUAUUUGAUUCUGUACGAAUUCUUAGUCGAGAUUUUACUGGUAGUCUUGCUGAUAUAGCUAUUUGGAAUCGUGAAUUAACUUCAGUUGAAUUAGGUUCUAUUUAUCAACAAAUGACAUCAAUUGAUAAAGUUGAUGUUUUCAAAUAUAUUGUAGAUAACAAUAUUUGCAUCGAUUUGUAUAAAGAUGCGUCCAGGAGAUCAAAUCUAGGAAAUUAAAUUUGCCAUACUUCUGUUGCUAAACUCAAUUUUGG